UAGUGCGCAUUCCAUCUCCAUAAACGUUAAAAUUCGAUAAGCAAAUACAUUCGAUAGGUGUUUUCAAUAUGUAAUUAACAAAUGUCAAAUUGUGAACAAAAGCAAAUGCAUUGCAAAUACAAAUACUAAGAACAUGGCUGGCCUGGAAUUGGAAUUUACCGCUUGAAAAACACAAACAGCCAUAACCAAUGGGUAUCUGAGCAGAGAAUGCAGUGCCAUCAGCCACGCAACGACAGCAAUUGCAAUUGAUAGCAAAUAGAAAGCAAACUGAAGUUCACUUGGGGAGCGAGCAACCUCAUCAUUUCCUUUAUAUGCGAGGCAUCAAAGUCAGAGACAAUCUCGGCAACAACAGCUACAAUAAUAACAACAACAAAAGCAACGACAACAACAACAACAUGCAGGUGCCCGAGCACGUUGUCUCCCUUUACAUAGCCACAUGUGGCCAAAAUGGACCCGGCCUUGGCUCGGAUGAGAAGGAAAUUAUACUGAUGGUCUAUGUGCUGUUGGAAGUGGCAACGGGACAGAUCAUUGGCACCCAACAAAUACUCGUACGCCCUGAUGGUUACUUCAUUAAGGAUCGCACCAUAUCUAGCUCAUCGGACAACUCGAAUGCUACAAACAACACAGCCUGCUCGCCUCCACUAGCCAUUGGUUACACCGGCGAGAAUAGCUCAAAUAACAACAACAAUAUCAAUACAACGAAUAACAUCACAAAUGCAAGUGGCAGUAGCAGCGGGAACAGUGCCACGAAUGGCAUCUGCCUCAGCACCUUGGAGAACAGCAGCGAACUCAUAUUGCCCAUUGCGGAGGCCCAGUCUGCUGGGAAGCCCCUAAACGAAGCAAUCGAGGAGUUCGAUGGCUAUCUACGCUCCUUAUCGCUGCACGAUACGGAGAUCAAGCUGAUCACCGAUGGUCAACUGCCGUUGCGCCAAUGUCUGCAUCGGGAGGCCUGCGCCAAGGAUGUGGAGCUGCCUGCCUAUUACAACAGAUUCAGCGAUCUGCGCAAAGAGUUCCAGCGCUAUAAGUCGGGCGAUCUGUCGCGUGCCCUCGUGCCCCUCAAGGACAUCAAAAAGAUGCUGCAGUCACCUGCGUUGCCCAUGCCACAGUCCAUUGGUGAAAUGCUUAAAGAGCUGAAUGCAACGUCUGUGGACGAUAAUGAUUUCUAUAUUCGCGAAUCCCGCGAUAUGGUCACUGUGAUUCAAUCAUUGCUUCAGGCGGGUCAUAAGUUUGAAACUAAUGAACUCGUUAAUCUUGUGCUGGAACCUGGAAUUUGCUCAAUUGACGACGAGGUAGACGGCAAUUGCAUUGUGCGUGCCCGUGGACUGCCCUGGCAGAGCAGCGAUCAGGAUAUAGCCAAGUUCUUUCGCGGACUCAACGUAGCCAAAGGCGGCGUUGCUUUGUGUCUUUCGCCGCUGGGCCGGCGCAACGGAGAGGCUUUGAUUCGCUUUGUCUCACAGGAGCAUCGCGACAUGGCUCUCAAAAGGCAUAAGCAUCACAUCGGCUCGCGCUAUAUAGAGGUAUAUCGUGCAUCGGGCGAGGACUUCCUGGCCAUAGCCGGAGGCGCUUCGAAUGAGGCGCAGGCGUUCCUCUCCAAGGGCGCCCAGGUGAUAAUACGCAUGCGUGGACUGCCCUACGAUUGUACGCCAAAGCAAGUGCUGGAAUUCUUUACUACCGGCGAGUCGCCUUGUCACGUCCUGGAUGGCAAUGAGGGCGUUCUCUUUGUGAAGAAGCCCGAUGGACGUGCCACGGGCGAUGCCUUUGUGCUGUUUGCCAACGAAAGCGAUUCGCCCAAGGCGCUGGGACGCCAUCGGGAGUCGAUCGGGCAACGGUACAUCGAGCUAUUCCGUUCGACAACGGCGGAGGUGCAGCAGGUGCUGAAUCGAUCGAUGGAUCCGAAGACCUACGAAUCGAACAAUCAUGGCCAGCCGCCGCUGAUAGCACAGUUGCCCACCAUGCAGUUGCCGUUGCUGCCGCAGGUGGGUGCCGCUGCUGGCCACGCCCUCAACCCGUUGACAGCUAACGCUAGCCACGCUAACCUGUGCCCCCCACUUACCCAUGCCCCACAGCACCUCAUCACCUCGGGCACCACGAAGAACUGCAUACGACUGCGCGGCCUGCCCUACGAGGCGAUGGUGGAGCAUAUACUACAUUUUCUGGACGACUUUGCCAAGCAUAUCAUCUACCAGGGCGUGCACAUGGUCAUCAAUGCGCAGGGCCAGCCCAGCGGCGAGGCGUUCAUCCAAAUGGACUCGGAGGACUCGGCCCGCCUCUGCGCUCAGCGGAAACACAAUCAGUUCAUGGUCUUUGGCAAGAAGUUCCGUUAUAUCGAGGUCUUCCAGUGCUCCGGCGAUGAUAUGAAUCAUGUGUUGAAUGGUGGCUUGGCCUCGCCGGUGGCACCGCCUCCUCAUCCUAGCCACGCUCAUUUGGCUGCCGCUGCUGCUGCUGCUGCCGCCGCUGCUGCUGCGGGCAAACAACCGUCGCUGCUCUCUCCGGGUAUGUUAGCUCAACCGCCGCCGCCACCCACCGGCGCUCAGGGCAUCGGCUCACACUCGCACACACACGCACACUCGCACACCCACACGCAUGCGCACGCUCACUCACAUGCUGCAGCAGCUGCUGCGGCGGCUGCUGCUGCUGCUCAUCAUGCAUUGCAAACGUCCCCGGCUGCCGCGGCCGCUGCUGCGGCCAGCCUAAUGGGCGCCACCUCACAUGCACCGCUCACAGCGGGCACGGCUAGCGGAUUGGCGGGCUUUAUGAAUGCCACGCCCCCUGCUACCAUGUCCAGCCAUUCGUCGCUGUCGAGCAGUGGCUUGGCUCAGGGUGGCCUUUCCGCCGCUUCACAUGCUGGCUAUCAUUUCAAUCUCUCGCUGCCGCCGUCUGCCGGCGCUGCUGCUGCUGCAGCUGCUGCUGCCUCCAAUCCUGCACUGCUCGCCCAGCAGCAGGCGCAGUUUAUAGCCCAGCAGAAUCUUCUGGCCCGGCAGCAAGCAGCCGCUGUGGCUGCAGAGCAGCAGCAACAGCAGCUAUACGCAAAUGCCGCCAUGCUGCAGACCCAUCAGCUCUACAUGCAGCAUCCAGGUGCUGCUGCCGCUGCCGCCGCCGCUGCCAUGGGCAGCCAGCCGCAAUUCGUAUUCAUGCAGCGUCCCUAUAUGCAGCCCUUUCCCCUCAGCUACAUGCCCGCCGCCGCGGGCUAUCAGUUCGCUGGCGCCUCCACGGCCGCCGCGGCAGCUGGGGUGCCAACGAGUGCCACUGCGGCGGGCGCUGCCACUGCAGCGGGCAAUGCGGCCCUCGCACUUCAAACGCAUUCCAUGAAGCGCUCCUAUGAGAAUGCCUUCCAGCAGGAUCCGACUGGAGCAGCGGCUGCAGCGAGUGCUGCCAAGCGUGCCUUAACCCGAGUGCCCAGCAGUGUCUAUUCCUACUAUAAUCCAGGCAUUUAGUAGCUUUCCAUCAUGAUUGAUAAUUGAUGAUUGAUACGAAAAUCUUUCUUCAUUAACGUUCAUGAUUCGACUGGAUGUACUCAAUCAAUUUUAACCAAUUUAGAUUAUUUCUUAUUCUCUAUCAAUCAUACUCGUAUGAUUGCAGCUUUUAAUUGACUUACAGUCAAUCAGACUUCCAUGCGCGCAGCUCAUAUCUGUA